UACACUCUAACUAAGGUUUACCUUGGGUGUUCCGUGCCGCAAGUACGUCCCCUCCGAAAACGAGCGACGCGGCAGGCAUCUACUUAAACCUUGGGACUUCUUAUGUAUGAGUUAUGGAUUUGUACUAUGUGUGCGUGUUGAGCGCGCACGUAAACAGACUCGCUUCCCUGCUGCUGUCGCUUACGAUCACUUUCAGAGUUUCUUGAGAUGUUUGUUGUACACAUCAAGAGCUAGCCUGUCUCUGCACCGUUGACAACAAAUAGCCCCAAGUGCUGAUUGCUGCUGGUUAGCUCAGUCCAGAAUUUGGACUCACAAAUGCAAUGAGCCUAGCUGAAUGCAUCACUGUUGCCAAAGAGGCAUGCCCCGCCCCUUCCAAAGUCAUCAUUCAGGUCGAGGUUGGCCUGCAGUGCAGCUUGCUUCUGGCUGACAAGUCUGUCGGGUGCUCCUUCAAAGCAGGGAGCGAGUCGAGGAGCGUGCAGACUACAGAGGCUGUGCAUCAGUCAAGCUUCACCUCAGCUUCAAGGCCUUCUAUUUGUCCAUCAACAGCCAAUAUGGACAAUUCACUGCAGGGAUGCCUCCAUCAAGAUCAUCUCUGUGACUUUGAGGCUGAUAAACUGUUUCGUCUGGAAGCGCAUGCCAGGGUCCAUACUGGCGAGCGUCUGUUUAAAUGCCAUUUGUGCCCUCAGAGCUUCUCAAGAAGAGACACCCUUAAGAGGCACUUGUGCGUCCACACGGGUGAGCGGCCAUUUCAGUGUCCUUCAUGCCUUCAGCGAUUCUCCCAAAGAUCCAAGGUCAAGGUACACAUGCGCACCCACACGGGCGAGAGGCCAUUUCAGUGCCCUUCAUGCUAUCAGAGCUUCUCACAAACAGCCCACCUGAAAGACCACCUACGCACCCACACAGGCGAGAAGCCAUUUCAAUGCCCUUCAUGCAUUCAGAGCUUCUCACGAAAAACCCACCUGAAAACCCACCUGCGCACUCACACAGGCGAGAAGCCAUUACAGUGCCCUUCAUGCCCUCAAAGCUUCUUGUAUAUGUCCAGCAUGAAGGAACACCUGCGAACCCACACAGAUGAGAAGCCAUUUCAAUGCCCUUCAUGCCCUCGGAGCUUCUCGCGCAAGUCCAACAUGAAGGAGCACCUGCACACUCACACAGGUGUGAAGCCAUUUCAGUGCUCUUCAUGCCUUCAGUGCUUCUCACGAAAGACCCACCUGAAAACCCACCUGCGCACCCACACAGGCGAGAAGCCAUUUCAGUGCCCCUUAUGCCCUCAGAGCUUCUCGCAAACGACCCACCUGAAAGUCCACCUGCGCACCCACACAGGUGAGAAGCCAUUUCAAUGCCCUUCAUGUCUCCAGAGCUUCUCACGAAAGAGCCACCUGAAAACCCACCUGCACACCCACACGGGUGAGAAGCCAUUACAGUGCCCUCCAUGCCCUCAAAGCUUCUCGCAAUGUCCAACAUGAAGGAACACCUGUGAACCCACACAGACGAGAAGCCAUUUCAGUGCCCUUCAUGUCCUCAGAGCUUCUCGCAUAAGUCCAACAUGAAGGACUACCUGCACUCAGAAAUUCUCGCUGAAGAGGGCUGUGAAGCAACACCUGAGCCUUCAUACAGGUGACCGACCAUACUGUUGUGCCGUCUUGUCCAAGUCCUUUGCACGGGCUGAUUAGGUGAACAGACGUAAGAGAACACAGCACCAUGAUACUGUAGAAUUGGUCAUCAGCCAUGUUGAACUAGAGCUUCAAUCAGAAAUCAUGGACGUGGAGCGUGCUGCAGGGUGUUCUGCUGCGUCAGGUAGCACAAGUGUCCCCAGAGGAAUAUGCUCUUAAGGGCCCUGGGGCGCUUUUUCUGUGUCGCCAUAUUUGCUCUAGACCUAUUCUCGGCGUGUCAAAAAACAAAGAGCAAGAGAAAGGAUGAAAAUCAACCCACACAAACCCAUGUUAUCGCUCAUUAAAAAUUUCAAAUACAAGCAAAAUGAGAGUUAACCUCAACCUCCACUAGACUUUAGGUGCUCUAAAUGCCACAUUUCACUUUGCCAUUGCUUCAUGUGACACCAACCGCAGCAGGGUGUUAGCAGAAGUCGGCACGCCAUGGUUGCCAAGCAUGCUCAACGUGUUCAUGGCGUAUGCAUGGCCUCCUUCACGGCUUCACUUUUAUAUUGACGCCAUGGCCAUUCGGCGCCAAAGUUCUCGGCAUGGGAUGCGUAAUUAUGACGAUUGCAACACCUUGCCCAUGGCUGUGCGUUACAGUGAAUGGUUGUAAAAUGUAAUGCCAUAGCUUUUAUCGCAGUACACAAGAACAUUAAAAAAAAACCACCAGAAAAACAUUCUAGCUGGACAAACAUACGAUCUGAAGUCACAGAAACAUUUGGCAGAUUCAACUGUAAUUGACAUCUACGUAAUGCAAAGUAUUGUGCAAAUUGUUGUGGCAUGAAACGUUGACACAUGCUGAACUGGUGGGGCCCGAGCAGCUUGGGACGUGUUGUCUUUCUUGCUGCUUCGCAAGCUCUCGUUUGCACUCUACGAAUUCAGCCUGGGUUAGCAGCUUUGGGUGGGUCUUUAUGGUGGGAACAUUUGACAUGCUCGCUCAGCAAUAAUCGCUGCAGCGUGAGCAUCGAUGUGCGACGAGCUGGGGGUGCUCAAGUGACCCUAGAUAUGUUAUGUUGUUUUCCGACUGCACAGUGUUUAAAUACGGUGAUGGGAAACCGGAAAGAACUUGAGCUGGUGGGGGAUGCCGAAAUAUGAUGCUGCCAAAGUGAAACAUGAUGCUCACUUCACGCCGCCUGCAAAAGGGAACAGCGGUGUGCAAAGCAUUGUGCAAAUUGUUGUGGCAUGAAAUGUUGACACACGCUGAACUGGUGGGGCCCGAGCAGCUUGGGACGUGUUGUCUUUCUUGCUGCUUCGCAAGCUCUUGUUUGCACUCUACGAAUUCAGCCUGGUUUUUCAGGGCCAGAAAUGCCAGAAACUGCUUUUCUUUACAAAAACGUAUGAAACAUGGCGCUGCUAUAUGAUCAAGGUAGGAUCUUGGAGCAUGCAUCGCCUAUUAAAAGUGUGCAUUACGCUUCCAACGGCUAUAUGCCACAGGUGCUGUGAGACAUAUAGGUGAAGGUGCUUAUUGCAAUAGGGUUAGUGGCAAUAGCUGUGAAUGCAACGUGCCACGACCGACAAGAUUUGCUGGUACAUGAAGAGGAAACUAAGUGAGUGCCAUCAUUUUCACUUCGCACGGGCGGGCGACUACUGCGGGGCAAGGUGCCAUGGCGAGCACCUACUGCUCUCGAUCACGUGUGCCUCACACCUUUUCUUGUUUACAAAAGAUCUAGCAGCCGUGAAACAUUUGCAGUUUGGCGAUGUGCUGGACGCUGGUUGCAAAAGAUCUUAAUUUUUUCAGGAACGUAUGAAAGAGACCCUGGAACGAUUUUGAUAGUUUUGUACAAGAGCACUGAGUUGUUUGGGUAGGUCCUUCUGAUCAUUAAGUUAAACAUUUAGGCUCUCCAUGUAAAGCGCGUAAUUCAUUAUAAGUAGGGGUGCGCAAACAGCAACUAUUAAGAUUGAAUCGAAUAUGAAUUGAAUAGGUCCCAGAAUCGAAUUGAAUAUCGAUAAUUUUCUAAUAGUUUUCUAAUAAUAAGCAGCCAUUUUCACAAUUGAUGCAAAACAGUAUUCAGGUCAUAGUAGUCGUGAGCUUCGGGUCUUUCUGUCGUGGCAUUGUGCAUUAUCAAGCGUAGUAUAUAAAAAUGCACGAACGCAGCAUUAGAAGGAAUUAAGCAGUUUGUUCGCAUAUACAGGACUUUCUGAAAGUGAGAAUGAUCCCUGUAGCACUGCAUGGGUCCUCAAGCUUUAUACAUAUUUUAUGCCCACGGGGGUGAAAAUUAUUGUACUUUCACUCCAAUCUAAUGUUUGAUUGUGCAGAGUUGAUAUUUUAAAAUAUUCGAAAGCUCUUAGAAAAAUAUUUCUUUUUACGAAUAGUGACUAUGCGAUUCAUUACUCGCACACCCCUAAUUAUAAGGUUUUAAAAAUGUGCAUUGCUACUGAUCGCAGUGGCACCUGUCCCGAGCUUUCAGCUGCCCUGUCACCAUCUACGUAGCGGGCGUGCGUGACAUCAGUCAAGCAAGCUAUCCGAUUGGCUACUCACAUUACGUCAUUGAUAAUUUUUCCAACUUUAAUGGUGAACGAAUGUUCAUAAUAGUUGGAAUGUUGGUUAACUUGUUUCUAUAAAAAAAAUGUAGCAGAAAGAGAAUACAUGAGAAUUUAUCACUACACAAGUAUUUCCAGCACACGGUAAGUGUCGUCUGCUUGUGUUACAGCUUGUACCUCCGUGUUGAUCUCGAGGUUUGUUUUUGUGACAACUAUGAAACGCCUUUGUUGCGUUUUGGGCUGCAAAUUUAACGAUUGGCGACAUGUCAAGCUGUGACAGGAUGUAGCAGCUUGACAUAGUACAGUAAAAGCUCGUUAAUUCCACCCACGGUAAUUCAGAUAAUUCGAUGUCCCUGCUCCCUCCCUUCAGAAAUGUCCAUAGCCCUAUGGCAGCAAACCUUCGUUAAUUCGGCACAAAAUUGCGCGUGUAUCGGUUAAUUUGGACUGGAGGCAAGCUUAGGAUCGUGCUGGUA